CAUAUAUUAUUAAUUUAAUUGCAAUUUCAAUAAUUAUUUUCUUGUCUUUGAAGCUACGACUGGAAAAAGUGGUCCGCUCAGUGUAGAAAGAGGAGAAGAUCGACCUCUAUCAGAGCUGAAUUUAUGGGUCUUGUGUGGUUAUAUAUAUCGAGUGGGAUGAGUUGACCGUUGACCAUUAAGCUCCUUUAGCACGGCAGAGACUGGUCUAUGUGCGCACGAGACGAACAAGAAGAAGUAGAACAAGAAGAAAAAGAUGGAUUUGAAAAAAUUGGAGGUGGAAGAUGAUGAGGAACAGUAGUAGGAUUUUUUAUUUUCCUUUUUAAUUAGGGGUUAGAAGCCCUAAUAAACUUUUGACUGUGUAGCUCUCUGAGUAAUUUCUGAGCAAGAAUAAAGAAGGUUAGUUUUUCAAUGAUGGUUUACGAAUCUUCGUCCUAAUCGCUUUUGCAUUUUAAUUUUAAAUCUUUAUGGAUUAUUUAUUUUUCAUUACUAUUAAUCCCAGUGCAUUAUAUUUUGGUCUCUGAUCUAAACUGCAAUUAUUAAUUUUUUUAUGCUCGUCUUCUACUCGAAAUUCUUUCUCACAUUAGAUUUGGUUCUUUCAAGGUUUUAUAUAAUCUCAUCUCUUUGAACUUUAAAUGGUAAGCGUUAGAUUUGCAACAAACAUUUUUUUUUGUCUUGCUAUAUAUUUGGAGACAUGUUUGUUAUUAGUUAUUACUGUCUUAAUUCUUAUUAACUGAGUAGUUUAGUAAUAAACAAAGAUGAUUGAUUUGUUGUUUUUAUUUGGUGCACAGAUUCCAAAUACCUGAAUUAAUGGGAAUUAUUUUUUUUAAAAAAAUAUAUUUAUAUAUUAAUAAAAAGGUGAAAAAUUGAAUGCUAUUUAUACCAUCUAGUUGGGAAGAUAAACCUAGGAGACAAGCCUAUCUAUUUGUUUAUUUUAUUUUUCUCUUUAUCCUUUGGAAAAAUCUCUAGAAGAAAUAGGGUAUCGCUCAAAGAUAACCACAAAAAUUAGAAAUAAUUAUUUGGAUUUAUAUGUUUUUCUUUUUCUUUUUCUCCUCUCAAUUUCUUAAAUCUAGUCUAAUUUAGUUAAUCCAUGUUUUAGUUUCUGAUGAGAAUUACUUUCUGUUUGCAGGUUGUAUGAGCUUUUCAUCAAAUCAUUGACUGUUAUUAUUGUUAUUAUUAACACUUGUCAAGUCUAGCAGUGGAAGCUCAGUUUUUUGUCUCUGGUUACUGCCACUAAUUUGGACGGGCAUGGCGAGUGAGUGUACCACCAAAGUUCGGCUAGUUAGAUGUCCUAAGUGUCGAUUGGUCCUUCCUGAGUUGCCUGAAUUUAAUGUAUACAAGUGUGGUGGAUGUGGUGCCACUCUCCAAGCAAAAAGUCGAGUUACCAGAAGCACGGCAACCAGUUUAAAUGUUGCUGAUGCUGUUCAGGGAAAUCAAACAGGCCGUGUUUUUGAAGAUAAAGAACCCGAAUCAGGUAAGAAAGAGGUUCUUCGUGGCCCGGGAGAAUGCUCUUCAUCCCAAAACAAUGAGUGGGAUCAAAGUAGAUCUAAGGAGUUUGAUGGUGAGCAGGGUGGGGUUGUGAAUCUACCUAGUGAAAAACAGAACAAUGGGACUCAUCAAUUCAGCGAGUCUUCAGAUUGUGAUGUGGAUGGAUCUGAAGCUUCCAAUGAAGUCGUUUCACCAAUGGAGUUUGUUGAUAGUAAGAAUGAGGAGUUUGUUCGUCAGGAGGAGGAGGAGAGUCCUAAUAACAAGAAGGAGACGUUUGCUCGUAAUGAAAAUGAAGAGGUCCAACAAAAUGAGAACAGAGAGUUAGCUGAUAAUGGGGAUAGGAUUUUUCAUAAUGAGAUCGAGGAGUGUGACGAUAGUGGAAAUGGGGAGCUUUUCCACAGAAAAAUUGAGAAAUUCGCUCGUAAUGAGAGUGAGGAGCUUGCUCACAAUGAGGGUGAGGAGUUUCCUCGCAAUGAAAGUGAGGAAUUUGCUCAUAACGAGAGUGAGGACUUAACUUAUAAUGAGAAUAAGAAAUUUACUCCGGAAGUUGCUCGUAAUGAGAUUGAGCAAUUUUCUCAAAAACAAAAUGAUGAAUUCACUCAAAACCAAACUGAGAAUUUUUCUCAGAAGGAGUCUUUAGGUUUGGUGGGAGUGGAUGUAGAUGUAACAGUCAAUGGUGAGAGCACUCCAUCAGCAGACACCAGCAAGAAGAUUGGCUCAGAUUCUAAUAUCAGAAACUAUAUUGCUGUCAACUAUGGGGCUACAGCUGAAAAUGGUUCAAGACCUAAUCAUACGGCUGUAAGAGAAAGGAUUGCAUCCGAUUCUGUAGUAUCUUCUCCUAGUAAACUGAAACCACCUCGGAGAAGUGUUCAACAUGGAUAUGAUCAUCCGAGGUCUGAAGAAUUCGACCCCAGCUCUGAGCUCAGUGUUCAACAUGCAUAUGAAAGCAGUAUCUCAUCGUACGAUGGAAUGGAUGAGCGAUUUCCUAACCGCCAUUUUCACUCAUUUGAAAAUAGUUACAAGGCCGAAAACUUUCGACAUUCUGGAGAACGUUCAAGAGGAGACAAAUUCCUGGCGCAACCUAUGAUGAAUAGUGAUUCUAAGUUACAACAUCCAGCAAGGCCUUCCUGGUCAGAUAAGAGCCAUUCAGUGAACAACAGACAGUGGGGUCGAGAUGAAUUUGUAGAACCUGCAAGACAUGACCGAAGUGUUCGAAAUUGGACAUUAGAGAGACAUGAACAUCAUCCACCUAGUUCGGUUUUUGAACGAAUAAAUCGUCGAACUAGCUAUCAGAAUGGACGUCCUUCUGGUCAAUUGCACGGUGAGUUCCACCGCAACUCAAGCUUUCAGUCACAUGAGUGGUCUGAGGAUCCUGAACAAAUAAAGCUGAAACUGUUGGCAUUAGUUUUUGAUCAGCUUAACAAAACCCAUUUGCAUGAUAAGGAGAACGAGGGAAUUUCAGGACUCCCUUCAAACACAAGAUACAACCCCAGGUACAAUAAUUAUGAAGCUCCUAUGGAGGAACGUCUUAAUCCUCCAAAUUAUCGUAGAUACCCUGGAGGAUACAGCACUGGAAGCAACAGUUCUUAUCGACGUAGGUUCAAGAAGAUACCAUUUUCAGGUGAGGCAACUAGCAGUAGUAGUCACCAAUUUGACCCCUCCUGUGCCCAUUGCUGUCCACCAAAUUGGCAGCGCUCAGCUCAGUUACCUCCACCCUCACAUUACAACAGUAGUGGGCCGUGCAGGGUCCAUCCCGGUCACAGCUACUGCACAUGUUGUAGCUCUUGCCCGGCAAGCCCUCAGUGGAGUAUGGAUUCCGAAUAUCCUCCAUGGGGACGUGAAAUGCAAUCUGAUGAUCAGCGCCGGAGAAGUCAAGACAUGACAAAUUAUUUGAGGGAGAAACAACGUCCAGCUAAGCGCCAUUUCCGACCCCUUGCAGGUGGAGCCCCUAUCAUGGUUUGUUACAAAUGCUCUAAAAUCCUGCAGAUACCUGCAGAUUUCCUCCUGUUUAAAAAGAAGUGCCAUCGGUUGAGGUGUGGUGCUUGUUCAGAGGUACUAAAGUUUUCACUCCAUAAAGGAUCUCAUAUUGUUCCUUGUGAAGCUAGUACUGUUGACCCUCCACCACCAAGUGAAGCCGAAGAUUAUGGUGAUGAUAUAGAUAGGAGAAGUAUGGCUUCAUCUUCUCAAACUCCACUUACUGGUCCUGCAACAUGUUCUGAAGAUUGUGGACUCUCUUGCUCCACCACACCAUUUCACACUCCAAAUGGAAGUACAGUUGACAGGAGAAUGUCACUAGAUUCUUUUGAUCUUUCGAGGGAUAGAGUGGAGUUCAUUCCCACACAGUCUCAAGGGAAAAAUAAGUCCAAAUAUGAACUCUCUGGGCCUUCCCCUAACAUACCCAGAUCACAAAAUUUCUCUUCAGAAAUUGAGGAGCUGCCACAAAGAUCAACUUCACCACUUCAUCGACUCAUGGGAUACUCUUCUCCAAGUGACGUGAUAUUUGGUUCAGUUACAUCUGGCCGAGGGACAAGUACUUCAUACUCUAUGCUGAAAGAAAAUCGAGCCAAGAACUGAAAAAAAAAAAAAAACUUUUUACUACUGAAUACUAGAUUUUUGUAUCUAGUUCUCGUGUACUAUGGCAUUUUGAGAAUUCAAAUGGAGCCAAGGUUUCUUCUGCUGGUGGUGGAUUGACACAGCCAAUGUUUACAUACAAAGGCUUCAACUUUUUCUAUAUACUUUACUAAGAAGUGCAAGAUGUGGAAAAUGGUUAAAAGAAAGAGUUUCAAUUUUGUAUAUAGAAAUGCCCUAGACUUCGAUUUAAUUUAUUUGUUUGUGUAUAAUAAUUUUUUUUUUU